AUGGCACAUCUGCAAAACCUUGUCACCUGUUUUCUUAUCUUUUGCUCCGGUUUAGCCCUCGGACUCACUCUCAUGAGUUUCUACCUCAGAGAUUUCUCCUUCAACCUGAAACUCAACCAACUCCUCCUUCCAAUAUCUCCUAAAAUGUCAUCAUCUUCUCCUUUCGGCCUCUCAUUGAAAACUGCCAACAUGAAUCUCAGCAGCCGAGUUGGGUUGACAGAGUUUUUGAAACCACCCCAUGUUAUUAUGCACGACAUGGAAGACGAAGAGUUGCUUUGGAGGGCUUCGAUGGUUCCUAGGAUCCUUGAGUUUCCAUUCAAUCGCACCCCAAAAGUUGCAUUCAUGUUUUUGACAAAAGGGCCUGUGCUGUUGGCUCCACUCUGGGAGCUGUUCUUUAAAGGAGUACAUGAAGGUCUGUAUUCUAUAUAUGUGCACCCAAAUCCUUCUUUCAAUGGAACAGUGCCCCAAGGUUCUGUCUUUCAUGGCCGGAGGAUCCCGAGCAAGGCCGUGAGAUGGGGAGAGUUUAACAUGUUGGAGGCGGAGCGCCGCUUGCUCGCCAAUGCGCUUCUCGACAUGUCGAACCAACGCUUCGUGCUUCUCUCGGAAUCGUGUAUUCCUCUGUUUAAUUUCUCGACGAUAUACAACUAUCUCAUAGGCUCGAAAACAACCUUCGUGGAGGCCUAUGAUUUACGGGGCCCGGUGGGGCAAGGCCGAUAUAGCCCUAAAAUGAGUCCCACGAUUACGCUCAAGCAAUGGCGGAAAGGCGCCCAAUGGUUUGAGAUGGACCGUGAGCUUGCCAUUGAAGUAAUUUCAGAUAAAAGGUAUUUCCCAAUAUUUGGAAGACAUUGCAAGAACGCUUGUUAUUCGGAUGAGCAUUACUUGCCCACAUUUGUUAGCAUCCAUUUUUGGAAGAGGAACUCAAAUAGAACUUUGACUUGGGUUGACUGGUCAAAGGGUGGACCCCACCCAACAAGGUUUCUAAGAACAGAUGUGACCAUUGAUUUUUUGGAGAGGUUAAGGAAUGGUAGCCAAUGUGAGUACAAUGGGCGGAAGAGAACCAAUAUCUGCCAUUUGUUUGCAAGGAAGUUCACUCUUCAUGCUUUGGAUAGGCUGUUGAGAUUUGCUCCAAAGCUUAUGCAAUUCAAUUCAAUUGAUGAUUUGCAUAGAUAG